ACUUUCCUUGAACAAACCGCUAACUCAGCUGAUCCAUCAGAUAGAAGGCCACCUGGCUUGACUGAGGAGGCCAUAUACGAAUCUGAUGCUGCCUCUGAUUCAAGGAUAAAUAGCCCUUCUCCUAGGCCACCUGGCUUGACUGGGAGGCCAUAUACAAAUCUGAUGCUGCCUCUGAUUCAAGGAUAA